AUGAAACACAGAGAUGACAGACCGGGGCCGACUAUUGCUGUUGGGCCUGGCUGCGAUACUCCACAUGCCAGCAGAACACCUCUUGAGCAGCGCACAUCAAGCGCAGCGUCCGAACGAACCGAAGUCCUUUUCUGUUGUACAUGCCAGCAACUCGAAAUAGGGGAAGACGCAGAUUGUUAUCCCAAAGUUAGACAAGCAAGGCAUACCCUCAGUCACUGUCGAGACCAAAGGUUGCACGAUCUGGUCUGGUGGGAGAGGACCAAGUCGGAGUACAGGGCGUCCUUAAGGGAAAACGACAGUGAUUGCAAUCAUAACGGCAUGUAG